UCUAGGAGAAGGAGGUUAACUGCAUUGUCUGUCAUAUAUUUCGGAUGUCAGAGAAAAGAUUCCAGAGUUGCAUUCUAGGAUCAUUUCCAACAGCUGCCAGCCAAGGAAGUAGAAACUGUCUAAUGAUGGAACCACUUCAAUACCAGAAACUACAAGCCUCCCAGCCCUGAUCUGGCUGAUAGGGAUCAGAUGGUGACUGGAUACAAGCUGCCCCAGCACUGGGUCCAUGAUGUACGCACCAGUUGAAUUUUCAGAAGCCGAUUACCCACGGGUUGAAUAUCAAAGAAGACAGCAAUUUUGGGAUCCUAUACGUCUAGCUCUUUUCACAUUGGCAAUUGUAGCAAUCAUAGGAAUUGCAAUUGGUAUUGUUACUCAUUUUGUUGUUGAGGAUGAUAAGUCAUUCUAUUUCCUUGCCUCUUUUGAAGUCACAAAUAUAAAAUAUAAAGAAAAUUAUGGAAUAAAAAGCUCAAGAGAGUUUAUAGAAAGGAGUCAUCAGAUUGAGAGAAUGAUGUCUAGGAUAUUUCGACGUUCUUCUGGAGGAGGUCGGUUUAUCAAAUCUCAUGUUAUCAAACUGAGCCCAGAUGAACACGGUAUGAAAAUUCUUAUGGUGCUCAUGUUUCGAUAUCCAUCUACUGAUAGUGCUGAGGGAAUUAAGAAAAAAAUUGAAAGGAUUUUAUCUGAAAGUCUGAAGACAAAGCAGUUGCCUUUGACUAUAAACAGACCAUCCUUUACACUCACAUCUAUUGACAGCAAAAAGAUGAGAAAUCUUCUCAACAGCCGCUGUGGAAUAAGGAUGACAUCUUCAAACAUGCCUUUACCAGCAUCCUCUUCUACUGAAAGGAUUGUCCAAGGGAGGGAAACAGCCAUGGAAGGAGAGUGGCCAUGGCAGGCCAGUCUCCAGCUCAUAGGGGCAGGUCAUCAGUGUGGAGCCAGCCUCAUCAGUAACACAUGGCUGCUCACAGCAGCUCACUGCUUCCGCAAAAAUAAAGACCCAAGGCAAUGGAUUGCUACUUUUGGUACAACCAUAACACCACCUGCAGUGCAGCGAAGUCUGGGGAAAAUUAUCCUUCAUGAAAACUACCACAGAGAAACAAAUGAAAAUGACAUUGCUUUGGCUCAGCUUACUACUCGAGUUGAGUUUUCAAAUAUAGUCCAGAGAGUUUGCCUCCCAGAUUCAUCUAUAAAGUUGCCACCUAAAACAAGUGUAUUUGUCACAGGUUUUGGAUCCAUUGUAGAUGAUGGACCCACACAAAAUAAACUUCGGCAAGCCAGGGUUGAAACCAUAAGCACCGAUGUGUGUAAUAGAAAGGAUGUGUACGAUGGCCUGAUAACUUCAGGAAUGCUAUGUGCUGGAUUCAUGGAAGGAAAAGUAGAUGCAUGUAAGGGUGAUUCUGGUGGACCACUGGUUUAUGAUAAUCAUGACAUCUGGUACUUAGUUGGUAUAGUAAGUUGGGGACAGUCAUGUGCUCUGCCCAAAAAACCUGGGGUCUACACGAGAGUGACUCAGUAUCGAGAAUGGAUUGCUUCAAAGACUGGCAUCUAGUGUGAAUUGUCCAUGAAUUAUAUCCGUGGCACACGAAGCUGAAGUCCCUGCAUGUUGUCUAUUAUUUAUAGUCAUGUGGUUUGGAUCAGGUUUUUUUCUGGAUGUCAAGAAAUCCUCUGACUCAGACUAAUUUAAUAUAACAAGGUGGUCUUUGCAUAGAGAACUCUUUCUACCCUGAGGGAGGAAGACACAGCAAAUGGCAAUUGAACCAACUCUUCACUCUUCACCAGGGAAACUGAUGCUUAUUAAUAAGAUGAGUAUUUACAAAUCUUUUCCUCUGAUGGAAGACAAGAAACAUCAUUUUUUCACAGAAUAUGAGGAGCUCCCAGGCUGCCAAAAACUUAAUAUAUAAUGUCCUGGAGCAUUUGUAACCCUUGUAGCAAAACAUCAUUCCCCGAGAAUUCAGAGCUUCAACAUUCUAAAACUAAUGGCUGGACAUUCAAUGGCUAGAAUGGAGAAGUAUGGACUUACAAUGUAACUUGAACUCCAACCUGGGUUUGUAAAUAAUAAUACAAAGGAUUAUCAUUAACAAGAAGAGUUGCCAUUUAAAACAUGUUUGAGUGUAUCUGAAUGUAUUGUUAAUAUUGUUAUAUACAUAAGCACUAGCUUCAGGAUGCAUGUUGUAUUGCUAAAGAAGCAUUUUUGAUUCAUUCUUUAACAGCAUCUUGCUGUUAAUAUAUCUGUUGAAGUUGGGCCAGGAAGAAGAAAAAGGAAGAAUCUUGGGAGCAUUUUUCCAUGUGGACAAAGAAUAUAAAAAGAACUAAUGGGACAUAGGCACACAAGGUUGUUUUCAAAAGAUAAAUAGGGAGAAUACUCCUUAGAUUUUUGGUGGAAUGAGCUGUCCAAUUAUUUAUUUAGAAAUAUUUACAUCAGCAUAUUGUAACUGGUGCUUUUGUAAGUCUUCAGUUCUCUGACAGGUCAGAUAUCUAUCAGAUUGGGAGAAUUGAUUUGUAUAAGCACUUAGAACAGUACCUCGUGUAUAUUGAGCACUGUGUGGAUGUUCCUUGUAUAUGGAGGAAAGGAAUGCCUCCAUGAGCUUUAAGAUAAACUAAGUUAAUUUGUCAAAUGAGUGAAUGACUUUGGUGCUUAAAUACAGCCCAGAGUCUAGUGGUAGAGACACAGGCUUUGGGGCAGCCCGGGGGCGCAGCGGUUUAGCGCCUCCUGCAGCCCAGGGCGUGAUCCUGGAUCCAGGAUUGAGUCCCUGGUCGGGCUCCCUGCAUGGAGCCUGCUUCUCCCUCUGCCUGUGUCUCUGCCCCUCUCUCUCUCUGUCUCUAUGAAUAAAUAAAUAAAAUCUUAAAAAAAAAAAGAGAGACACAGGCUUUGGAACCACCUGCCCAAGCUUAAAUGUUGGCUCUGCCACAUAUGAACUGUGUGUCCUUGCACCAGUUUCCUAACAUCUCUGUGCAUCAGCACUUUCAUCUCUACAAUAGAAAUAAAAAUACUGUCUACCUCAUAUGGUUGUUAUGAGGAUUAAAUGCAUUAAUAGAAGCAAAGCGCUUGGAAUAGUGUCUGCACAAAGUAUCUCAAUAGGGACUACCUACUAUUAAUUAUUAUUAAUGUGCCUUGGACUCAAUGAAACCAUAUGCUUUUAAAAAGCUAUCCUUUAAAAUCAUGUAUUUGAUGUCAGAAUGCUUAAAUUACACUGUAAAAAAACCCUAAGUAAAAUACUCGAUUUUUAAAAUCAUUUUUGAUAUCUCAGUAUAUUUGCGACUAUGUCUCUCAUAGACACAGUUGCCUGGUACAUGGUCGUCUGUCACCAGGGUUAUGACUAGAGAUGCAGCAGUAUUCAUCCUUAGGGCUCAGAUGUGAGACCGCAAGUACUAGAUUUGUUCUGAUUUAUCAGAGAAAAAUCUAGCCUGUUUCUUUAGUGACAAAGUUUUGUUAAUUUUUAUGUGUGUUUAUCUGUAAUAUAUGUAAGCAAGAUAAAUCUAACUUUAAAGUUUUCCUAGUUAUUAUUUACAUCUUGAUAUUAUAAUACAAUAAACACAAAAGAUCAUCCUUGUAUACUUUCCUUUUAAAAAGAAAAUGUCACCAAAUUUCUGAAUUGAUGACAACUAAUAACUAAACAUCAGUAGAAGAGCAGAGUAAAAACUUCAAUGUUUAUAGUUUCUUCUAUAUGCAGAGAAACACCCAAAGCUUUCUAGAGAAUAUUUAGUAAAUUUAAGAAAUAUUUGAUUCAAGACUGACCUUUUUAUAUUAAAGCUAAACAAAAUCUUUGUUAAAAACAGGAAAACAAAUCUGUAUAUAAAAUAAAUAAAUCUCUACUGUGUAAGUUCUAUAACAAUGAAUAUAUGCUUUUGUGUAGCUAUAUUUACAUUUCAUAAGAUUGAUAGCUUUUUUGCAUGUAUCUGUGAAACUGUACACUGACUUAGAUAAUCAAUGCUCAAUUCAAUUCAAGAUAUUUUAAUUCAAAUGAGAGGAAUAAGUACAAAAGGCCAUAAGUAAAUCUGAGAAAUGGAAAAAUAGAUUUUUAAAAAUGUUUUUAGCUUGCUAUCUGACCUAUUGAGUGUUGUUAUAGGAAUCAUGCAAUACCUUUUACCUCAUGUUUUCCAUCUAUCAAAUGAGAUAUUAAAUGAUCUACCUCCUGGCAUUGUUGUGAGGCUUUCUUGUUGAGUAAGUUGAAAAGUUGAAGAAUGUUUAAAGCCUGCAAAAAAAUGCAAAAUGUAUUAUUGUAAACUGUUAUCAGUACAGACGCUGCUGCAAAUACAUGGAUUGUAAAAAAGUGUGUUUUUUUUACAGUAUUGACAUUUUUAUUUAUCAAUAGUAUUGCCUUAUGAAUUUUGCAAAAAUAUUGUGGUUUUUAAAAAAGCAAACCUGGUUUUGCCUCGUGUUGUAAAUGUUAUAGUAAUAUUCAUGUCUUAAAAAAAACUACAAUUUGUUUGAUGCAUUGUUUGAAAGACAGGUCAAAUCUAUUAAACUGACAGUAAACAAUACAGCACAAAAUCCCUGUAGAAUCCUGAUGGAAUUUGGGGUGCCAUGAAAACUAAAGGGUUAGUUUUAGUGCUAGAACAAGAUUGGACCAAAAUUUUUGCAAUAUUUAACCAUCUCUCAGUAAAAAUCGUAGUUCAACAACAAUAAGAACAAAAAUAUAUUAAUGGGAAUCUACCCUUUUCAACUGAAUAAAUCUGUCACGUUGUUAAUA